UCAGCAGUAUUAGAGAAACCUUCGGCAGUCACAGACGGUCACUGCGCGAAGCAGUCGCACGUGCGAUGUUGCUGCACGUGUUUUGCGCUGCCGUUGUCGUCUGCUGCGGCGGCGCGAGCGAGCGCGAAUUUCCGCCACCUGGCGAGAGGAAGGUGUCAUGCUAUCAGUCAGACGACUCAUCCCAUUCAGUGUACAAUUUUACACUUAAUGACCUCAACACGGGGACGCCAACGAGUCUGUCACAGUUCCGGGGCCAGGUGCUGCUGAUCGUCAAUGUGGCGGGAUUCUGAGGGUCAACACCCCAAUAUCUGGGACUGAAUGCAUUACAGAAGGAGUUCAAGGGAUUCAGGAUUCUGGGCUUCCCUUGUAAUCAAUUUGGGAAGCAAGAGCCUGGAGCUAACGCCACCGAGAUUCUCAACACGCUGAAGUAUGUUCGUCCUGGUGAUGGAUUUGAGCCGAACUUCAGCAUGUUCGAGAAAAUCGAAGUAAACGGAGAGAAUCAGCACCCGCUGUAUACAUAUCUCAAGUCGUUCUGCGCUGCCACAACCGACAUCUUCUACACAGACGGCCCUGGCAUCUACUACCUGCCCUACCGAAACGGGGACGUCCGCUGGAAUUUUGAGAAGUUUCUCAUCAAUAAGAGAGGAAGGCCGGUGUCUAGGCAUCAUUACAAGAGGUUGCCGGGAGAGAUGACAACCGACAUCAAGACGCUACUAGAGGAGACCGUGGACAGUGACCAGUAGCAACACAGAAGCCAAAGGAUGUACAAACUGACAUAGAAAUGGGCAAUUCUUCUACAUGCGAUAUGAACCCAUUAUUUUUCAUUUCAUCUUGUUAAUGGUGCUGUGGAUUC